UGAAGAUGAAAAAUAUUUGUAAAUAAAAAUAAGGCAAAAAAACGCAUAGAUACAAUUUUUUAGGUCGACGCAAGUAGUAGUAUCGGUCGAAGUAUUUUUGAAUGUGGAAUCGAAGCUAUGCAAAACGCAGCUGAAAUAAUUGAUAGCCAAAAUAAAAUAGCCUCAGAAGGCACAAGAUUAGCUGUACUCAAAUUUUCAAGUUCUUCGUUAACAAGGUUUGAAUUUGGUUUCGAUAAAUAUAAAUCUUUCGAAGAGGUCAAAGAAGGACUAAGAAAAAUGUUAUAUCAAGGUGGUGGAACAAGAAUCGAUAGAGGCCUGGCUUUGGCUAGACAACACUUUAUUUUAAAAGGAAGAAGUGGGGCAGACAAAGUCAUAAUUGUGAUGACCGAUGGCAAGUCGAAGCCUUAUACCGCAAGUAGACAAGCACGUUUACUGAGAAAUAUGGGUGUAGAAAUAUUUGCGGUUGCAAUUGGGGUUGAUAUAGCAUUAGAUAAAAUUAAUGCUAUGGUUAGUAAACCUGAAGAUAUACAUAUAAUUAAAUCCUUAAACUAUUGUAGCUUUAAUUCCGAAUUGAUCAAUUAAUAU